UCAAUAACUUCAGGUUGCUGUUUACUUCGUGAAGCCUGAGAAAAUGAGCGUUUUCCGCACAUCCUGGAGUGUCCUUCCCAGAGUGGGACUGUGGAAAUGCUUCCCAAAGUGUCAGUAUUCUGUGCCACUCGAAAGCGGCUUCUGCCAUUCAUCUCGUCCAGCUCCAGAAGCAAUUCGGCCGUCAAAGAGCACACAACCACUUGUUACAGUUUCUCGACACUUUCACAAAUCUCCACCUCAAAGGUUAUCAAAACGCAUCAAAAUGCCGAAAUUGGAAGGUGAUGAGCGCCAGAAGCAACUCCAGCCCCUCUUCGGUGCUGGCUGGACGAUGGUCGAGGGCCGCGAUGCCAUUUACAAGGAGUUCCUCUUCAAGAACUUCAACGAGGCCUUCGGCUUCAUGGCCAGAGUGGCUCUGCUGGCGGAGAAGAUGGAUCACCAUCCGGAGUGGUUCAAUGUGUACAACAAAGUGCAGGUCACCAUGUCCACCCACGAUGUCUCCGGGCUGAGCAGCAAGGACGUCCGGGUGGCGACAUUCAUGGAAGACGUCUUCAAGACUUACCAGUGAAUUUUCUCUCCAGAAUCACGAGCGCGCGCGCGCUUCUCAAGGGUCCAAAAACAGCGGCAUUUAAGGGCAAUAAAAAGAAUACUCUCACGUUGCAA